CUGGUACUCCUCCUCGCUUUCUGGUCCAUGGUCACCGGCACCGUCCCUCUCAAAUGGUCCACCGGCAAUCUCAGCCGUACGACCUCGACAUUCCCACCCACGAUGACUUCGACAUCCUCGUAUGUUGUCAAUUGACGAAUUUUAGUGGUGGAAAGAAUUAGGAUUGAGAAUUUUUGAUAUUCUGAUUUGUGGGAUUUUCUGGGGUUGUUUUAUUAGGAAGUGGAGGAGGGGGAGAAGGUGGACAUAUGUGGGAUGUGUAUGUGCAGAGCAAGAACAGGAGGUUGCCUCGUUUUUGGGAAGAAGCUUACGAAGCUGCUUAUGAAGCUUUGGUUAGUGAUGCUGCUGCGGUUCGUGAUGGUGCUAUUUCUGAGAUUGCUAAGAUGUCCAUUUUGUCCAUUAAUCUCGAGUCCUUUUCAGCUGCCCAAUCCUCAAACCAAUCUCUCUCUGCCUGACUCUUAUCCAGUAUCUGAUUGCUUGAUGUUGGUUUUUUACCAUUUGAGUUAAUGCGAUCAAAUGGUCGGUUCUAAGUGUUAGUGUUGUGGUAUAUGAUUAUGACACUAAAAUCGAUGAAUUGACUUUUUUUUUUGACAAGGGGAAUCUUUAUUGCACUUUAAUUAGUCAGUUACAAAGAGGGAGAAAGAAACCAACAUUCUGGUUCCAACAAGAGGAAACCCCAAUGAACACAGUUACAAACAAACUAUGUUGAGCAAAUGCAGCAAACAAGAGCGAAACACAGCUUGAAAGCAGCCACCCAAGAGAGCAAAACCCUUGAAACGAAAACAGCUCAUCGGAAACCCUCUUGCACCCAACCAGUCAGAGUACAACAAGAUCAAAAUCAGCUUGUCCGAUCAUAUCGAACUCCAUGGCAAGUGAUCAUCAUCAAACCAUUUGCCGCCUCCUGGGGAUAACUCAAUGGCAUCCAUCACAGGUAAUCAUAGAAAUAAGAUUGCAUGGCGGUGGAGGAGGAUAAGAAACGGAUGCUCCAAGCUGAAAAGGCAGAGGAAGUUGAGGGAGCGAGAUCAGAUUCGCAGCAGAGGAGAAGAUCCCACGGGAACAACACAUCUCUACGGAGACACCCGAUUCCCAGCCGCAACCACCGGGGAAGACCCAACCCUCCACGCUCCGACUGCUCACCAAGCAACACAAACUCACAGGGGAGGUCAGAGGGUGAGAGACGAGAAUGGCUUCACCAAAAGGUGAGACCACCAACCUAAGAAACAACACCCCCAUCCAGAUCUGGAAUAUGCACCCAAGCUGCUAACUCCGGCUCCAACAUUAACCAACCCAGGACAGAACCCAAGACCCGAAAGAAGAGCAGUAGCUCAACUGGAAAGGGGAAAAUCAGAAGACCACAACGGCAAGGAAAAACAGAACUGAGAUCCGAAUGAAAAAAGCCAGAACAAAGCAACAAAAACCCAGAACAUGGAAGGAUUUGGGCCACUGCCGGUCUCAAAAAGGAGCCGGCGGCAGCCCCUAAGUCUGAAAAAUUGUGUUUAUUGUUGAUGUGUGGCCAAGGCUGCAUUGAAGGGUUUGAUUCUGUUUUUCAUUUUUAGUUUCGCUGUCCAAUUCCAAAUCGAUGAAUUGACUUAUUGUUGUGACGAAUUGGUUAAUUCUGGUAAAGUGGGAUUUGGGUUUGAUCCCCUGUCUAGCCUGGUGGAAAGUUGGAUUCCUUCUGCUGGUUCUUUGUUGGAAAGAUUUCUUCUUUCUUUUUACUUUGGAAUCUUUUUUGGCCGGAAAGAAAACCCUUUUUCAACAAACACAUGUAGCAGAAACCAGAACCCAAAACUGUCAUUUUUAACCUCCAUUUCCCCAUUUUUCUAUUUGGACUUUUCCAUCGGAGCUGCAGAGCUAACGAAAGCAACUAAUAGUACUAGUUGCUUUGAUCAGUUUGGCCCUAUCAGUCUAUGAUUCUUUAGUUCCGAAUUGACAUAUGAUAGUGUCGGUUGGGAUGAUGUGAUCAAUCGUCUCUGUCUUCGUUGUUUAUCUGCAACAAUUGUCAUUCUGUGUUUGCGAUUAUGCCUCUGAGACUCGUGAGUUAUUGUUGCGUUACAGGGAAACAACAAAACCAGUGAGGAGGAAAUCAAGAGAGCAAGGAAACAGGAACAAAAAGAUGUAGGCAAA